UGCAUUCUUAAUUCUCUACAUCACUUAUACUUUGAGAAAACUAAAAAAUGGCAUCUCUGGUCUCUAGCUGGGCUUCACAAGUGAACUCUGUGCCUGAAAGGUAUGUGGUGCCGUUAGAGAAAAGAUUGAAUGUAAAUGUCCCUAUUGGUAAAGAUAUUCCAGUAAUUGAUUUGUCAGAUCCUAAUUCUGCUCAUAUAGCUCAACAAAUCAUCAAAGCUUCUCAAGAGUAUGGAGUUUUUCAGGUGAUUAACCACGGAGUGUCACAAGAGUUGAUUGGUGAUGUCCUUAAAGUUUGUGGGGAAUUUUACAAGUUGCCAAUUGAGGAAUUGGAAAAGUACACUGAAGAAGAAGAGUUGAGUGAAUUUGAGCCAAAUCUUGACCAGAAACCAAAGCUUUAUAUUGAAAAGGAAUACAAGCCUAAGAAGAAUGGUAAAAAUGACAAGGAAGUCAUUUUCUGGAAAGACACUUUUGCUCAUUGUACCCAUCCUACCAAACAAGAUCGUAUUAAUUCUUGGCCUGAAAAGCCAGCAAAAUAUAGGGAAGUGAUUGGAAAAUACGGGGAGGGAGUGAGAAAGGCAAACUUGAGAAUCAUGGAACUAAUGUGUGAAGGAUUGGGACUUGAAAAGGAUCACUUUGCAAAUGAACUGAGCCAUAUUCAGUAUAUAGCCAUCAACCUUUACCCAAAAUGCCCCGACCCGACUGUAACAGCUGGAGCCGUGGAACACAAUGACGGCGGAGUCCUCAACUUGCUUCUACAAGAAUUAGGCGGCUUACACGUGCGCCGUCAGAAGGAUGGACAGUGGUUUGCUGUUGAGCCCAUUCCUGGUGCAUUGGUUUGCAUCAAUGGCAUGGUUUUGAAGGUGAUAAGCAAUGGGAAGUUAGAAAGUGGAAUACAUAGAGUGGCUACCAAUUCAGUGAGAGAUAGAAUAUCUGUUGGAUGCUUAACUAGCCCUGCUUGUGGUGGAGAAUGCAUAAUUGAGCCUGCUAAAGCACUUUUAAGUGAAACUAAUCCUCCUAAAUACAAGCCAUUCUCAUACACUGAGUACUUGAAGAUUUUCUUCACUGACUCUUCUGAAUUUGAAGCUGCACUCAAUCCAUACAAAAUUUAAGGGAUAAAUUGAUGUGUUUCUUGAUGUUGGGAUGCCAACAUUAAUCCUUGAGGAAGUAAUUGUCAUGUGUGUGUUUUAUGUUAUGUUUUGAAUUUUUCAAUAAUUCCAUGUUACUUAUAAGUAUGUAUUGUACUUCCUUUGUAUCGCUAUCGAGUUUGUGAUAUGAAUAAAAAAUUUCAAUGAUUAAAGAUGUGUUU